ACCCAAAAACGUCUCCGACUUUCUUUCUUCGCCAAACGAAAUUAGGGUUCCGAAUUCCUCUUUGGAACUUCCAAACUUCGCUAUCUUGACUCUUGUUUUGUUCCAUUCCAGCCCGCCCUUCAAUCAACAGAUCUCUAUAAAAUUCCUUGUAAAUACUGUAUAAUCGACUCACAAUCUCUCCGAUUACAUUUAUUAGGCUCUGUUUCUAUCUUCUUUUCUUUUUUUAAUUGUAUUAGUCGUUUGUAGAUUUGACGAUUCUUUUAUUUUGUAAAUAAAUAAGAAGCUGAAAAAAAAAUUACAGUAAAUAAAUUCUAGGGUUAGUAUUAGGAGAUUUGAAAUUAAGCUUCAAUUAUGCCUGUUCCGACAAUUGCUCUGUACGCAAGUCCACCCAGCAGUGUCUGCUCGACGCCACAUCCUUGCCAGAUCAACUCGCAUGCCUCCUACGACUUUGAUUUGAACAGUCGAUCAUCUCCGCCGCCGUCGUCCACGGCGUCUCCGUCGCCGUCGCAGAAGCCGAUCGUCGGAGGACUUUCCCUGCUGCUAUCCUCUCAACCGGCGGUAAAACACGCGACUUAUUCGACUACUGCGGACGAAUUGUCGUCCUCCUUGUGGCAUGAUAGAGGGGGUGAAGAGUUGAGCUGCGGUUCAUUUCGGUACUCGUCGUUGAGCUCGUCCAUGAAGCGAGAUCAGUGUUAUCAGAGCCCUGUGUCCGUGCUUCAGGGUCCCGUCUCUUGCAGUAGUAGCGGCAGUGGAAUUGGGUCCGCUUCGACGUCAAGGAGUCCUCCCAUGAGAAUGGGGGAUAAUAUGAGCUCCAUUCGAUCCGGUAGUGGGGGUUUGUUUCAUCGGUUUGUCCGGCAUGCUUUAGGGUCCUGCGUCGAUUAUGAUUCGCCGUCUUUUCAACUUCAUGACAGCGUUGGUUCUACAUCAUCUGGUUUGGUAGAUGAGCUGACAUUUAAUAUGGAGGAUAAUUUCACAGAAUCUAGUGUAGAUCCUCGUGCUAAAGAUAUGCUUUUGAACGCACAGUACAGGCAUAAGAUAUUUUAUGACGAUUUCGUCGUAAACGCUUUUUAUGAAGCUGAGAAAGCUCAUAGAGGACAGGUGCGGGCAAGUGGAGAUCCUUAUUUACAGCAUUGUGUGGAAACGGCGGUUUUGCUGGCAAUGAUUGGCGCUAAUUCCACAGUUGUUGCUGCAGGGUUGCUGCAUGACACACUUGAUGAUGCUUUUGUCACGUAUGAGUAUAUUUUCCAGACAUUUGGUGCUGGGGUGGCAGAUUUAGUUGAAGGGCUUCUCUUGGAAGGUUUCUUUGCUUGGGAUGCUUUGAAUAGAUUUAUGGACCCAGGGUUGUUGUUGAAUUCCACUUCAACCUCUAUGAAUUUCCAGGUGUCUAAACUGAGCCAAUUGAGCAAGCUUGCACGUGAGAACAAUACCGCUUGUAAAACUGUUGAGGCUGAUCGAUUGCAUACAAUGUUCCUUGCAAUGGCAGAUGCUAGGGCUGUUCUCAUUAAAUUGGCUGAUCGGUUGCAUAAUAUGAUGACAUUGAAUGUGUUACCUUUAGUUAAGCAGCAGAGAUUUGCUAAGGAAACCUUGGAAAUAUUUGUUCCUCUGGCGAACCGUUUAGGAAUCUCUACAUGGAAAGAGCAGUUAGAGAACCUUUGUUUUAAGUACUUAUAUCCAGAUCACCACAAAGAAUUGUCCUCUAGACUUUUGAAGACCUUUGACGAGGCAAUGAUAGCCUCCAAUGUGGAGAAAUUGGAGCAAGCUCUUAAGGAGGGAGCCAUUUCUUAUCAUGAUCUAUCCGGGAGGCAUAAAAGCUUGUAUAGCAUCUAUUCCAAAAUGCUAAAGAAAAAGCUAAAUAUGGAUGAAAUUCAUGACAUUCAUGGUUUAAGGUUAAUUGUGGAGGAUAAAGAUGAGUGUUAUAAAGCUUUGGAUAUUGUUCACCAACUAUGGCAUGAAGUACCUGGAAGGUUCAAGGACUACAUAGCCCACCCGAAGUUUAAUGGGUAUCAAUCCCUGCACACUGUAGUUAUUGGUGAGGGAAUGGUUCCUCUGGAAGUUCAGAUUAGAACAAAGGAAAUGCACUUGCAGGCUGAGUACGGGUUUGCUGCUCACUGGAGAUACAAGGAAGGAGAUUGUAAACUCUCUUCCUUUGUUCUUCAGAUGGUUGAGUGGGCACGCUGGGUUGUUGCUUGGCAGUGUGAGACAAUGAGCAAGGACUGCUCCUCCAUUGGUUACGCUGAUUCUUUGAAGCCGCCUUGCAAAUUUCCUUCUCAUUCAGAAGAUUGCCCUUACUCUUGCAGACCUUAUUGUGGCUCAGAUGGACCUGUUUUUGUGAUUAUGAUUGAGAAUGAUAAGAUGUCGGUACAGGAGUUUUCAGCAAACUCGACCAUCAAGGACAUGCUUGAGAGAACAGGUUGGGGAAGCUCUAGAUGGACGCACUGUGGAUUUCCGCUGAAGGAGGAGCUUAGGCCCCGGUUGAACCAUGCAACUAUCAGUGACCCCAUGUGCAAGCUAAAAAUGGGAGACGUUGUGGAAUUAACUCCAGCAAUACCGGAUAAAUCAUUGAUGGAGUACAGAGAGGAGAUUCAGCGCAUGUACGACAGGGGGCUCCCCGUAUCAAGUACGGUGUCUUCUGGUAGUUCAAUGAUUGGCUUGAGAAGCUGACCCCGUUCUGGUACAUUGCCCGUAGUAAUAGGGUACCGUGGACAAAUUGCUCAUUCUUGUAUAUAAACCAUAACAUUUGUACAGAACCGCUUCAGAUAAAUGGCUAACUGAAUUUGAUAGGACG